ACAGCAAGCCGCCAGUGACACAUUUUUAUUCCGCCGCAGCUCUUAAACAUGCGGCUCUGCUUCAAAAUAUAGCUCAGAGAGCUGUGAUCAGAGAAGACGUUUCGGAUCAUCAGAAUGGCUCUAGAACAGCUCAGUGAUGUAGUUCAGAGAUGUCAAGCAAUAAAGGAUGAAAGCUUCUCACCAGAGGACUACAACGUAUUCCUCACUGCCGGAAGAACCUGCAUAGAGCAAGGCGACAGUGCCCAAGUUCUCAGCAUUCUUGUUGAUGAAAAGAAUAAGAACAUUGUGAGAUGUAUGGGCUGGAAUCUGCUGGGUCCACUGGUGCAGAUCCUCCUGAAGAAAGAAGACAAAAAUCUUCCACACUGCCAUGCCAUCCUCUCAUAUCUGCUAGAGGUUUGCAGUCCUAAAGAGCUGCUAGUAGGUUUGCUGGAGCAAUUGGAGGACACCGACUCUGGCUCCAUCGCUGAGACUGUGACUCUUCUCCUCCUGCCUUUACAAACAGUACUGCUGAGGAUGGGCAUGAAGAAGGCCUCAUCGGUGGGCAUGGCUCUCUCCACGCUGCUCAGCCAAGUGGCCAGACUGCCGGUGCCCGUCACUAAAGAGCAGGAAGAAGACGAUGUUUUCGGCUUGUGCCGCUGCUGCACUGCUCUUCUAGAAUUUGUAAAGCCCUUUGUUGAGGAGAUCAAGGAGAUUAUCAAGGAUAACAACAGGAUAUCAAAGGACAAUGAGCUCCGAGUGGAACUGCUAAAGUUCUGCAUGAAGAGUUUAAGCGAGCCUCUUCUGGAGGUGCAUUUGAAAGAUCCAGACACACUGGAGAAGUCCCCUCUCAGAGAAUUCGCUACAGAGAUUCUGAUCAUUUUAUCAAUUAUUGGGGAGUCACUGCCAGAUUUGUUAAGUCGUAAUAUACUGAAGAAAAAGGAGGUACCAGGCUUUCUUGAAGAGGAGGUCAGAUAUCCAAAGGAGUCAUUGGCCUGUAUGUCCCACCUGCUUUUUGUGGAUCAUAUCGCCAUGGACAUUUUUCCAGCUGUUUUCAGCCCAGUUUUUGUUCUUCAGUGCAACAUGGAAUAUAUUGAACUGCUGUUAAGCAGAACUGAAGAAUCACAUCUGCAGAAAGGAUUAGAAUUGUAUGAAAAAAGUCUUGUCAGAGUAGAAGAUAACAGUCUACCAGUGGAUCUUCUGGAACUAAAGACAUUUUUCAUUGUUCCACAAAACAUAGUCAAAGUUAUGACAUUGUGUCCAGACCAGACUUUGAGAACAAAAGGUCUUAAAGUGUUUCAGCUAAGUAUUGACAAAUUCAACACAGAGGCCAAAUACAAGUUCUUCAGAGGCAUGUUGAAAACAAGUCACCAUGCAGGGGUGGAGGGAUAUAUAAUCAAGAACAUCAAAAAUCAGAUAGACUUUUCCCUGAAGCCAGGGAACGGUAACGAAUGGUUUCUGGGUAAACAUCUCCUGCCUCUGCUGCGGUUAGUGCUGUGCCUUUCUCAGGGACCAGAAACAGACCUGCUGCAGAACCUAGACAGGAUCAUGGAAUCGCUGAACCUCCUCCGUUACAUGCUCAUCAGAGAUAAAGAAUGGGAGAAUGAGACAGGAAUAUGGACUGAGCUUUAUAAGAUUGAGGACAACUACCUGAAGCCUCUGCGUACUGGACUGAACAUGUCCAAAGCCCAUUAUGAAGCAGAACUAAGGAGCACGAAAGAGAACAGGAGGAGUUCAAAAGACUCUAAAACACCUGUCUGCUCAGUAAGUGUUGGCAAUGAGAAGCUACCAAACAUGACACCAGAAAUGCAGAUACAGGUUCUGCAGUCAGCCCUCUUCACAUUUGACCUGAUAGAGAGUGUCUUGGCUAGAAUCGAGGAGAUCACUGAAGCUAAAGACAGACCAUCGUGAGGGAAUGGGGUCUGGCCUUGUUAGAGAUUCUAUCAGCCAUCAGCAUCUUUUCUUUAAGUUGCCGCAGUAACCUGCUCUUAAAGAACCAGAUCCCUUGGGGAACCUACAGCCAAACAAAAUGGAAAGAGUUUUCUGAUACCAGCAGCACUAGGCUGGAAAAAAAAAUCAUAGACAGCAUUUGAUUAGCUUUACAAAUAUUAUCCACAUCUGUCUUUUACCCUAUCUACAUCAACACUAUAGUACCAUAUAUAAUUGUAAUGUCACUGAAAACGGUUCUACAAUGUUACAUUUUUAGGACUGUCUAAGUUUGUACAUAUCUAAUGGUUUGUACAAUACACUUAUGUAGAAAAUUCACUUCAGGCCACAGAAAAUGAAGAGCCCUAUGACAUGCUAGUAAAACUUGGAUUAUUAUUUGCUAACAAUGUUCAAAUUUUUAUGUAUGUUGAUCACAAUAAAAUAAAAAAACACAGUGAACUAUGCAAAAAAAAAUUGCAUGAAUUAACGCUGUAAGACUGAUGGCUAAAUUUUAUUGGAAACUGAAUUUAAAGAUGUUAGAACUGUGCAGAGCUGUUUUUACUCAUGUUUUUGUAUCUUUCCUGUGUAUGAAAUCGCUGCUCUCCUUUUAGGGAAAUAUUUGAUGGCUGUUUUAUUUUCCCACAAUUUUGCUACAUGAAAGGAUCCUCCAGUCUUUGAAUAAAUACCACUGUUUUCCAAAUGCA